UAUACCAUAGUAGGCCUCGGCUGGGAAAUAACCAAUCUAGGGCGUCCUAGUCUAGCUCUCUGCCGAGCACACUAGAGUAUAUCCUAUCACUGAUGCCUUGACUUGAAUGGAUAGAGUUCACUCGAAGAGAGUCGUCAAGCUAAAGGCGACGAUCUUUCAUGUAAGGGUUCAGUUAGGUAGAAAUGCCUAUGUUCAUAUUCAAAAGAGAGCCUGCCGGCUUAAGCUCUCUUGGGAAGACUUAGGGGAAUGCACAGAUAAUAUAGCACGGGAGAUUUAGGAGUACCUACCUAGCAUGUCAGCACGACCCAAGCUUCUGGAACGAAAAACCCUAACCAAGGGUUCCUGCGUGUAGUCCCAUGUCGUUAAUCUGUAUGGUAAAGCAGAAUUGUCGCAGAGGAUAGAACGUGCUUUAAGUGUUUACUCAGGGAUCUUGACCUUACCCUACUGUUUAUAAUAAGUGCCGUUACCUAUUCCAUCGACCCAGAAUUCGUAGGUCAAAGAACGAUGGAAUACCUCCCUCCCCGGUGACAACCCACACUUGUAACCGGCGAGCAUGGCCGACUCUAAGGUGCAUUCGGUCUUAAACGCCGGAGCGGUCUUGGUUACGAUUACCGCGCUAUCUAUGGCCGCGAGGAUCAUAACUCGAUGGCUACAUAAGACUAUGGGAAUAGACGAUAUUCUGAUUUUCACAAGCUGGAUCUUAUCCAUAGGCAUAUGUUGUUCUGCAAUGCUUGCUACGCGAUACGGCCUCGGUGUCGAUCGCAGUGAAGUCAGUGACGAUGACUAUAAUACAUACUCACAGCUUCUAAUAGCUUGCUCGAUUUCGUAUAGUUGGGGCGUUCCGGCAGCAAAAGCGAGCUUCGCAGUACUUUACAUGAGAAUAUUCCCCGAGGGCGGGUUUAGGAUGGUUAACAAAUUCAUGAUCGUGUUCCUCUUUGCACAGUCCAUCGAGGAAACGUCGGUCGUCUUGCUUAGGUACGAUCCCGUCAGAAAAUCAUGGGAUUUUAGGCUGGAGGGCUCGUGUUUGGACCUCCAUCCGCUUUGGUACACUACCGUAAGUUAUUCGAAUCCGACUCGUUGCGAUAAAAUACUAAGGAAUAUGUCUCUGCCCCGAAUUUGGUUCAUCUUAAACUUAAUUACCGACCUCACCCUAUUUAUCGAGCCUAUACCAUCGACGUGGAAGCUCCAAAUUCCCCUUGUCAAAAGGCUGGGACUUAUCUGCAUGCUUUCGCUGGGCUUACUAGUAACAGUUAUCUCCGUCGUUCGUAUUGUCUACGUUAUAAACAUAGGCGAUAAUGAUACGUACGAAAUCGCAGAGCCUCUUAUAUGGGCUAUGACGGAGAUGUGCGCUCUCAUAAUCUGCUCCUGUAUCCCCUCGCUUAGGCAAGUGGCAGCAUUUAUCCCUGGACUCAAUAACGCUCUCGGCCUCUCAUCAGGCGCGGACUCGUACGGCCACUCGGAAAAUAGGAACCACUCGAUACCGCUGAAACCCCGGAAUCGCAAAGAAUAUAUACAAUCACAAAAGUCGAAGGCGAGUAGCCAGAACAGGUCAGGGGGAUUUGGUAUGACAAGCCUGGUGACGGCCGUUGGGAUGGACGUGAUUAGCGAGAACGGUAGCCAGGACGAGAUAUUCCCGCACAAAAGCGACCAGACAGGCGCCAUCAUGAUUACAACCGAGGUCCAGCACCGCGUGGAAGAUGGCAAGGAGAACACGAAAGAAUAUAAUAAGACACUGAUGCCGCACCACGGCGAGCUUCGGAAUAUAACCGAGAGUCCGGAUCGAACCAGCUCCCCAGCGAAAAUUAGCAGUGAUAUGGGCUGGUUACGACGUCCAAAAAUCUAGCCCUGCUGAGUUUUAAUGAUAUUUAUAUAAAAAUUUAUUAUAUAUUGUCAGAUACGCUUUCGAAGACGCUGAAACUUGCGAUGUGCGCAUUCGAGUCGUAUCGUUAAAAGAAAAAAAAAACUUGAUUUUUGGUAUUUUGAUUGAAGCAAGGCAGUUGGGAACUUUAUAAUUCGGAAGUAUUGCUGGAUUGAUAUAACGCUUUUAAUUGAGUCGCUGUAAGAUAUCCUAUAUAGAGAAACUAAGGCAGCUCAGUAUUUUGAAGUGAAUAGGGGAGACAGGAGCGCACAAGGGGGUAGACAGCAUGAGAAAACGGUUAUAGGUAAGGUACAUAGUAUAUAAAGGAUUAUUACAUAACUAUGAA